UCCCUCCGGUUUUCAAUUUGACCCACCCGGUUUAGUAUACGAACUCCGGUUUAUAUAACUUUGACCCAGAUCUAAUUUUAUUUUAACCAGCAAAUACAAAAAACUUCCGAUCCCCCUUAGCGUUUCCUUCUCCGGCGAUAUUCUUCUUCUUCGGCUCACAUUGCAUCGUCUCUCACUCGAUCCUUCGUUCUUUCAGGGACAAUCAUUUCGGAAACAUGCCAGGUCAGAAGAUUGAAACGGGUCAUGAGGACAUUGUCCAUGAUGUGCAGAUGGAUUACUAUGGAAAGCGAAUUGCAACUGCAUCAUCUGACUGCACCAUCAAGAUAACCGGUGUCAGCAACAACGGUGGAUCGCAGCAACUAGCCACAUUAACCGGCCACCGUGGUCCUGUCUGGGAAGUCGCGUGGGCACACCCAAAGUAUGGAUCAAUCCUUGCUUCAUGCUCCUAUGAUGGUCAAGUCAUACUCUGGAAAGAAGGCAACCAGAACCAAUGGACCCAAGAUCAUGUUUUCACAGACCACAAAUCUUCAGUCAACUCCAUUGCAUGGGCUCCUCAUGAUAUCGGACUAUCCUUGGCCUGCGGGUCAUCUGAUGGCAACAUUUCGGUUUUCACAGCCCGUGCUGACGGUGGCUGGGACACAUCAAGGAUUGACCAAGCACAUCCGGUUGGAGUCACUUCAGUCUCAUGGGCCCCAGCCACAGCGCCUGGUGCUCUUGUGAGCUCUGGUCUUCUCGAUCCGGUUUACAAGCUAGCUUCUGGUGGAUGUGAUAAUACCGUGAAAGUGUGGAAGCUCGCUAACGGGUCAUGGAAGAUGGAUUGCUUUCCAGCUCUUCAAAAGCACACUGAUUGGGUCCGUGAUGUGGCUUGGGCACCAAACUUGGGUCUCCCCAAGUCCACCAUAGCCAGUGGUUCCCAAGAUGGGAAAGUUAUCAUAUGGACAGUGGGAAAAGAAGGUGAGCAAUGGGAAGGUAAGGUUCUCAAGGACUUUAUGACUCCUGUGUGGCGGGUCUCGUGGUCGUUGACCGGUAACUUAUUGGCCGUAUCCGAUGGGAACAACAACGUGACUGUGUGGAAAGAGGCUGUUGAUGGAGAGUGGGAACAAGUUACUGCUGUUGAGCCUUAGGUUUUUGAUGCUUUGCUAUCUCUCUGCUCUUCCUUUAAGGAACUGAAUCAAACAUUUUUUCUUUACUCUUUUCUUAGUCCGGUUUGGUGGUCUUUUUCAGGGAAUGUUGAAUUGGUUUUCUUAAAGACUUUUGGAUUAUUUUUUUUCUUAUUCUUUUCAUAGACACCAUUUUAAAAUUCUAAAAACCAAGAUCUUCAUGAUAUAUAGUUUGUCUCUUCAUUUGAUUUUCUUUUUUC